UCAGAUUAUCCUCUCGCGAAGAUAAACAUUUCUGUAUUUCUUUUUUUUCUAUAAAUGCAACGUAACUACAGAUAAAAUGGAGGCUGUGACAUAUUUCACACAUGUGAGGAGAGAGAGAAGCAGGAAGCUGCUGCCUCUCAAUACAACCGUGACUGUAUGAUGAGAGUCAGCCAGUCAGCAUGGAGCUCACCACACUGUGCACGGUGCUCGCCACUCUGAGAGUCCUGCCCAACAAAUCCCAGUUCUUUAAGUACGAGGUUGUCUCUUUUAGCUGUGAGGGAAACUCUUCUGAGUGGAAAGUGAAGAGGAACACAUCCAGAAACAAAAAUGAAGAUUGUCCAAAUUCCCCCGACAGAAAAACCCCCUACCACUGUGUUAUUGAGGACCUUUACAGCUUUGACUCUGGGGUUUACUGGUGUGAGUCUGAGGUAGGAAGGUGCAGCAACAGCGUCAACAUCACUGUGACCGGUGGUUCUGUGAUCCUGGAGAGUCCUGCUCUUCCUGUGAUGGAGGGAGAAUCUGUGACCCUGAUCUGCAGAAACCAGACCUCCACCCUGUCAGCUGACUUCUAUAAAGAUGGCCGCCUCAUCAGGAGCAGCUCUACAGGAAACAUCACCAUCCACAGGGUUUCUAAAUCUGGUGAAGGACUCUACAAGUGUAACAUCUCUGAUGGUGGACAAUCACCAGACAGUUGGCUGGCUGUCAGAGCAGCAGUGCAUCAGGAGUCGCCUGCCCCCCCCUCUGUUCUGGUUUUACUUCCUGUGUUUGGUGUGUGUCUCGCGCUGGGCUCUCUGAUGCUGCUCGGCCUCAGGAGGAACCACAAAGGUCAGCCUGCAUCUCGAGAAAACUGA